AUGGAAGCGGACCUCAUAGCAGCUAAGUUUGAAAUGGACGAGCUCUACUCCAAGAUAACAUCGUCCAUGCCUCCAAGCUCCUCGGGCAACGCUAACCGCGAUCCCCGUGUUCCCGAAACCGGUAAGCCCAACCUGGGCAGGCGGCUCGCCGUCCGCCUUCUCGUCGGCGGCGAUGUCGAGUCGAAUCCCAAAACCCUCGCCGCUGCAGCCGCCGCGAAUGCCGCCUUCAAUGCCGCCGCAAAAGGCAAGGCGCUGGUUCCCGAUAUCGACAUACCCGCCCAUGUCAAGCGCGUUACCAGACCACCUGUCGGUAGUUCCCGCCUAUCUUCGGUCACUAGCGCGCCAGCACCCGCGGAUCAUGCACUCGGGGAGUCCUCCGCAGGUCCAAGCAAGCCCGCAUCCGCGGCGGAAGCUGCGCAAGGCUCGCGGAGCAGCAGGUCCGCGCAACACGCUGUUGUCGCGCGGAAGCCGCGCGCCGCCAGGCCUUCCGCGAGCAGCAUUUUCCGCGCCUCCAGCGUUUUGUGCGAACGACAAGCAGCCAUUGCCAUGUCUCUGGAAUCCAGCAGCAGCAUCGACAGCAACAGCAGCACCGCGUGCGAAAAGCCGUCGCAGGAUGACCCGAUGGAUGAGUUUUUCGCGAUUAUGGAGCAAUUCGUGGAAGAGCCUGCUGAAAUGGAGUAUCUCCGCGCCUCGGAGGCCGCCAGGCGGAACCGGGAGGGCCCGAGCGACGCAAACGGCGGAAGCGGCGCAAAGGGCGGCAAGCCAGCAAUCACUCGGCAAAAGUCUCAAAAUAAAGAGUUUGCCCGCCAGCCUUCUUUUCAGGAAUCUCCUGUCCCCGCACCACCCGCGCAAGCCCCUGUUACGCGGCCGGCAACACCCAGUGGUAACCGCCGGUUGUCGCACCCUUCAGUGUCUCGCGAACGCUCCCGUUCGUUCUGCGACCGGGUCACCCAAGUGGAGCCGGCCGACGAAGCGCGGUUGGCGGGACCGAAUGGUGCUGCUGCUGGUAUUUCGGCGUCGGGUAGUGCCAGCGUUGGCCGCUCCGCAGCUGUUUCUUUUGCGCGGUCAGAUUCAUUUGCCAAAGCCGCCCGCAUCAUUUCCUCUACCUCGCGGGACCCGCGGGAACAGCAGGAGCAGCGGGAGCAACAAAGGGAGACCGAAGUUUUCGAGGCGUCGCAGCAGCGCGAACUCGAGUCGCUCAUCGACGCGCUCAAGGCGGAGAUUUGCGCCAAGGACCAGCUUCUGGGAGCGUCGGAAGGCGAGCGGAAAUUGUUGGAGGAGGAGCUUCGCAGCGCGUGGGAUCACGUCGCAGAUUUGGAGCGCCAGCUGGAGGGCAUGCAGACGGCAGGCGCAGCGAUGGAGCGGGAGAUCGAUUCCCUCCGCGCGCAGGCGAACAAACGCUCCCCGCGGCGUGGCGGAAGCGAAGGGGACAUGGCGGUGGGGAAUCAUAUUUUGGAGAUGGAGCGGGCUUUGGGGGAGCUUACGCGCAAGCUCGCCGCGACGGAAAGUGCGCUUCAGCGGUCGGAGGCGCAAAACUCAGAACUGUCCGGCAAAGUCGCCGUGCGGGAAGACGAGCUUGGGCGGACGAAAUCUGCACUGCAGCAGGCUGAGCUGGAGAGGGAUUCGCUCGCCGACGAAAUGGAGGCUGCACUUGCAAGCUGGGCGGCUGACAGCCCCCGAAUUUCCCCUUCCAGCGCAGAUCCCUCUGCUGCAGCUGGCGAAAUCCAAAAGCAGGAAGCUGCGAAACUCGCGAACGCUCUCCAGGCGGCUCAGCGAGAGCUUCAAGUCGUUCAGGCGGAACGAAACUCGCUUCUCUUGGCUGUUGGGCAGCCCAGGCGACAGGAGCCGCGACCCUCUACGAGCAACCAAUACAGUAGCGGGAGUCGCAAUCGCUCGCUCACCCCUCCCCCGACUCACUCCCGUGCGACUUCUUUCUCUGCGUCUAGUCGUAGCGGACCCAUGGAGCUCCAGCGAAACUUCGGCAUGGAGGCAUCGCCGCCUCCUGCGGGACAGCAGAAGGGUCGCCAUGUGCACUUCUCACCGCGCACUGCGGACGUGAAAGUUUCCGCCAACUAG